AUGUCUCUCUAUCAAUCUAGUAUCGGCAAUUCUACAACCCCAUAUCCAUUCUAUAUGGGUCUCAUAUCUCGUUCUAACAAAACUUCGCCGAUCCUCAGUUUUCUUGAAAAAAAGAUAGAAAUCGAAAAAUCUAAGAUUUCUAAAGAACCAUUAAAUGAAUGGUUUCCACCUAAAUCUCAAUUUGCUUCUCACAAAUUGGAAGCGAAAAUAGAAACCAGUAGCAUGAAUCUAAAAGCUUCUGUUAAUGACUAUGACAAAUCACAUAUUCCUUAUGAUAGAUAUUUGGGUCUUGAAGAAAAGAAACCUAAAAGAUAUUUAAAACAAAAGACUGCUGAAAAGCUUUCCUAUGAAUUUCGCAUUGGAUUGGGCGAGCUUUUACCUCCAAAAAUAAAUAGGUCGAACGAACUCCAUGCUCAAAUUUUUGAUUCUAAAUCGCUUAACACUAAAAAGAAAAACUCAAAAUUUGUGAAGCAAAUUGAGAAAAAUAAUAAAUUAAAUUCACGUCAAAGCAUCGUAAACAAGAAAGUUGAAUCACCGAAGAAGAAGAUUUUACUAAAGACAUCCCGUGAAUUACCAAAAUUAAAAAUUUCAAUGCCUCAAAUAAAAGGCAAAAAUCAAUAUAAAAAUCAUAGCUCAUCGAAGAAGUCGUCAUCAAGGAUUGAUCUCAGGAAAGAUGAAAAUAAUGUUUUAUUGCAAAAUUCUAAAUCGAGUAUUCCGAGAUUUCAUAAAAAGUAA